AGUUAUUGCAACUGAGCACGCAGUGAUCUUCGCUGAAGAACCGGCUGGACAGGCGUGCCUCGAUCAACGAUAAAGUUUUACAUAAAAGCGAUACGAAGCAUCUUAACAUGGAGAUCAAAUUGAUACUGAGUCAAUUGCUGUUGAUUUCACUGGUGCUUCUACCUCCUAUCGAUGCUGCCGAUCAAUUGGUAGAGUACCAGGGUUCGCCUAAGCUCUCUGGACCCGCCAAGAUGAUCCAUGAUCCACAGGACACAAUGCUGAAUGCAUUGGAUGCAGCCAUGCAAAAGAUCUCCACAAUUUACAUGCAAGCCGUUAUAUCGGGAACACACAGUCCUGAGUUGGAGAUCUCGUUGAGGGGACUGGAAAUGGAGCUGUUCGAUUUGCUCGAUGAACUCUACAAGCAACACCGACUGAAGGACUACAUGAACUAUGAGGCGGAAGUGACGCGACAAAUGAUCAUCUACAAUAUGCUGAAGCGAUUGUUUGGCUAUGCGCAGGAUAAUGAGAAACCAGUGUAG